AUGUUUAUCCUUCCACAAUUGAAGAAUCUCUAUGGUGAAAAUUAGAGCCAAUGUAAACUAGAAUUAACAGAAUAAUUUGGGACAACUUUAUUAUAAGGUUUUCCUUAUGUACGGGAAUUUGAUGAAGAAAGUAAAACUAUUAUUUUCAUUCCUUGUUCCAAUAACUCAGAGAUACUGGAAAAUAAUUCUCAAUAGAGAUUUAAAAUAAUAUGUACUACACAAAAUUCUAGUAAUUUUAUUAUUUCUAGCUAAUUUAAACUUCUGAAAUAAGGUAAUAGAAUUACGAAAUAUUUUAAAAAAUCACACAACUAUCUAUUUUAAAAUGGUGAUCAUUCUACUCAUUUCUACAUAAAAGAUGAUAUUUUAUAUAUUUAAUUCAAAUAAAUUAGAUGGGGAGCAACUGAAAAUUUUAUUACAAGUAAGGAUUUUGAAAAUGAAGUAAAAAAAUUUAUUGCAAGUAUUGACAUUCAAAAAAUAAAGAAUAGUAUAUUUUAAGGAGAAGAAAAGUUAAAUAAAAAUCAAGAUUGGGUAAAAAAUGAAUUACAAAAAUUGGAAAUUUAAAGUCAGAUGAUGGAGAAAAGUUUCACUGCUUCAGACUAGAAAUAUAAUUAUUACUAGCCUUUUUUUUUUAUUAAUUCACUAAAGGAUUAAAACAAAUAAAUUCUAUUCUAACGUUACUAUGAGAAUGGUUUAUAUGAAAGGAAAUAUACUAAGAAAUUUACAUUUGAAUUGAAGUAAGAUUUGAUGCACUCUUUAAAUCAAUUAUAACAAUAAAUUAACGGGUUUCUUUUUUAAUUAUCACCUUAACAAUAAAAAAUAUUGAAAAAUACAUUUAUUCAAUUGGCCUUUGAUAUUAAAAAGCAUCUUUGCUUUUAAUUUGAUUAAGAGACAGAAGAUUUUAAUAAAAUGAUUUAAGGAGAAGAAUUCAAGAAUUAUUCAUUAAAAAAGUAAAAGAAAUUAAUUGAGAGUGUCUGCAUAAUUUAUGAUCUUUUAGAACAUUCUAUUCUUAAUGAGAAUUAUUUCAAUUAGAAUGUUUUUUAAGUUGAUAGGAAAGGCAAACUUAAAAUUAAUUUCCUCUAAUCAAAUGAAUUAAACAAGCAUUAAAGCAAUAAGUAGAAUUAAAAUUUUUAAAGCUGUGAAUCAAAUAAACUUCAUCAUUUAGUUGAAUUAAUUGCAUUUAUAGUAUAAAUCAAUCAAAACAAAUAAUUGUCUGAAAUAGAUAGCGAGAAUUUAGUUAAGCUGAAUCAAAUAGUUUAAUAUAAUUCAUAGAGAAAAAAAUUAUAAAUUUCUUAGUUAUUAUUUCUGCUGAACUAAAUUCAAUUUAGCACUUAGGAAAAUUAGCAAAUUCGUGAAUGAUAAAUCUUUUGUAAUUAUCAAUAAGCUGUAAAUUAAAAUUGCUUUAGAUAAAUAAAUUAAAAAUGAUAAUUUUUCCAUAUUUAUUAUGAAUGUAUAAAGGAAAGCAA